ACACUUUGGUUUUAUAUGGGGACCGUGCAGAAUCCCUGGAAUCAAAAACCUGUGAUGUGAGUUGUAAUUGAUUCUAGUUGAGUUCUCGCCAUUUAUUUAUUUGUUUAUUUUUAACUUAUCUUCGCCCACCCGCUGUCUGACGAUACGUGAGACUCCCUAAAUUACUGCCUAAAUUACGGCAUACGUGUUUUCAUGUGUGAAUAAACAUUAUAAUUAUCAUUUUACAACCAUAUUACGCCAUAAUUAUAUCCAUGACAAAGGAUGACAUAAAACUUUCGAUUUCAUUGGUUUUAUUUUUUUAUUUUUUAUUAUUAGAAACAAAAAGGAGUGGGGAAACUGUUUAAAGAAUUAUUCGAAAGAAUUUAUGGAUAAGUUAUCGAUGAAGGUGGCCUUUCUUUUUGAAAGUGGGCUCUUUGCGUUAAUGGUUUGGUCAUAAGCUGAAAUUGAAUAUAUCUCGUCGUAUAUAUCCCGUCGUCUAUAUAUACCCUGUAGAACCGAAUUUGUGUGAAAAAAUCACGGUCACAGAUUCGAUUCUAGGGGAGUAUAUGGUCGAUGCAAAAACUUCGAAUAAACAACCUUUAACUUUGCGUUUCAUAUAGGCCAUUACGCGUUUUAGGUUUUGCUGUAUUUGGGCCUAUUAAGUUAUACGUACAUUUGAUGAGUAAUAAGGUUGUCUAUACAUCAUUAACACAAUCAAAGUAUUAUCCAUGGUGUUGUGUAUAUUGAUAUUGGGUUUGCUCUGUAUUAAGCUUUGUGCAAGUGCUUUUGAAAAAAGUAAGUGAAACUAAUACUUGGGACAUUCACUCGGCUCCAAUAAAAACACGUUAGCAUUAUUUCAAUGUCCAUUAAACUCAGAAACAUAAUGGCACACAAGUAAAUAUAAUACACUAAGGUAUUAUAUAGAGUGAUGUACUUUACUCUGUCUUUAAGGGGUUAUCCGAGCAAAGCUUUACAUCAUUUGCCCACCGUCCAUUUGUGCUAUUUGGUGUUUGAUUAUUGAUUAGCACGCUGCAUUGAUGACUAUCCACGGCGCUCCUUAGAAGCCCAUGAAAGAGUGUGUGGGCCAGUGGGGCGAUGAGACUCCUGUAACUUCUGAAUGACCUCUUCAUCACAAAGAAGGUCUCAGUCAAUUGUCUACCGGCAUUAUUCGUCCUUUUUUGUAGCAGAGGUAGCAUUGUCUCUUUUAUUUGUUUACCAGUUUGAAUCUCUGUAUAUAGUUUAAUGUAUAUGGUUGAAUGUUAAUCCUAAAAAACUAAAGAAAAAAAACUAUUAUAUUAAUGUGCGAAUUUAUCUUUCAUUUAAAAUAAUUUACAAUUAUGGAUACUCAAUAUGGUGAUAACGAUCACUGAGCCUUGUUUAUGAAAAAAGUGUAGGCUGUUAAUUUCCACGUUCAUUUUCAUCUUUUGUGUGGAAUAGACAUGCUACACUAUUAAAUUGUAUGUUCAAUCAAUCCUAAUUGAUGAAAUUAUGCAAAGUUUUUUAAAUUUGCUGCUAGGUGUGUAUGGCUUCAUACCCGCUAAUAGACUCCCUUCACCUCGAUUGGCCAAAUCCGGUCACAUGGGUGGCUAACUUUAUUCAGUUGACAGCAAGUAGGAGGGCUUUAUGGAGGGAGGAAAAGACAACUCGAGAAAAAUUAGUAUUUUCUACCUUCAGAAAUUAAUGGCCAUGAGUUCGUACAUGGUAAACUCCAAGUAUGUGGAUCCCAAAUUUCCUCCAUGCGAGGAGUAUUCGCAAAACAGUUAUAUACCUGAUCAGGGCUCUGGAUACUACAGUCCAUCGCAGGACACUGAUUUCCAGCAUCCAGGGAUCUACUCACGGUCAAACUACACGGAGCAACCCUACAGUUGUAACACUGUGCAGAGCUCAACACUACAGCCGCGGGGUCAUGUGCAGGAGCAAGGCAGCAAUCCCGGAUCUUUUCCCACUCAAAGCGAGCAAUGUUCUCCGAUCCAAAUAUCCGCCCCGAGGACUUGUGACCAACAACAAAACACAAAGAAUCAGAACGGGAUACAGUCCAGGCAACCUGCAAUAGUUUAUCCCUGGAUGAAGAAAGUCCAUGUUAGUACGGUGAACCCAGAUUUCACAGGAGCGGAACCCAAGCGAUCGCGGACAGCCUACACGAGACAGCAGGUUUUAGAACUAGAAAAGGAAUUUCAUUUUAACAGAACCGAAGAAUGAAAUGGAAAAAAGAUCACAAACUGCCAAACACGAAGGGAAGGUCAGCGUCGGCUGCAAAACACGUGCAGAAGGACAACCAGACAGAUAUUACAAGUUUAUAAAAGAAAUGGAAGCAUCUUGCCCCAGAAGUACAAAUGAACUGUGUAUGAUAGACAAUGCUUCGUUUGUCUUUGCAUGGUUUUAUAUCAUGACAUUCCGAUCUUUAAGCUAUUUAAUGUGAAGCAGAAGCACACAACAUUACCAAACGCAGUAUGAAUUGAUGCGAUGAAAAGAUCCUAAAUACAAUUUUAAACAUUGCAUAUCUGAAGUGGCAGACUACAGGAGGGCAUCACAUCAUGAUUCACGGGCUGACAUGAGGUAUAUAUGAAAUAUCAAAGGACUUCAAUACCUGUUUGGAAGCAAGUGAGAUUUAAAAAAUAUUCAUUUUAUUAUUGUUAUUAUUAUUAUAUUUUCCUUGUAAACACUGCUCUCCUAAAUGCAUUAUGUCCUGUUCAAUUCGAUAAAUACGUUUGUAAACAAAACAAUGACCUUUUCGAUAAUGUCGAUUGAAGCUAAUAAUUUAUUUGACUAUUUGAUCAUAUUUAGUAAAUAAUUUAUACCUGGCCUAUAAAAUAUUAUCAUUUAAUUACGGUGAUGGUUAAGCAAAAUAUUGAUAUUUUCCCUAAAAUUCCUAAGAUAAUUUAGAAACGAAUAUGGCUAACUAAACUAUUCGUUUUCUUUAUUGAAUUCGUUUAAACAAUAUAAAGUCCGUAAAACAUUAAAGAUUCAAUUUAUAUUUAUUUUGAGUUAACAGAAUAAACCAUUCUUCGAAAAUAACUCUAAAACAGGAAGCGCAACAUUUGAAAUCUAUUUUACUUUGUUGACCAUAGUAUUGGAUAUCUUGACGGCUAUAAAUCUCACUUGACAGUUUUGUAAACAAUGUACAAUUAAAGCAGCUGUAUAUCUGUCUUCCAGAUGUCAUCAGAAAUUCCUAAAUAAUAGUUCAUUUAUUGUUUCACGUACUUCUGGGUUUUAGCUAAACUUUUCACAUCCCACUCUUCAUUUCUUUAUUUAUUAAAUGCCAGAAUAAGAACACAGAGAGUUCUUGUUUUUAAUUUCUAUGUGAAUUCAGUUGGUCGUUCCUUAAAUAUAUUAUGUUCAGUUAGAAAAAGUGCAUUAUUUUUUAUUCUAUAUAUUUCUGUAUUUUAUGCAUAUUUUCUACGAGCAUAUUUUCUAGUAAACGAAUAAUAGAGCUCAAUAAAAGGUUUAUCCUCAGACCACGAAAUACCCAGUUGUAAUAAGAAACAAAGUGUAUAGUUCGCUGAUUUGGAUUCUUUAAAAUUUUUAUUUUGAGCAACAGAGAUUGGCUUAGCUCUGCUCUGUAAAUGUGAGUGGAGGUAUUCACGUCGUGAUUAAAGAUUGACUGUUCUACUGUUA